AUGUUGAAACUUAUCUUCUUCGCUGCAUUGAGUGCAGCCACCAUCACGAUUGUCGAUCCUAGUGACUAUGCCGAUCUUUCCGCAGAUGCGGCAGACGAUGCUCUCACAGCAGACUGGGACUAUGCGCCACUGUCAUAUCAGGCCUAUGCAAUCACUGGGCCCUAUGUCUACAGCGGGGAAGACAAGGAACUUUCUCACCAGACAUUCUCCGUUUCAGCCAACGACACUAGCGUGGUGGUAAUCACUGAGAAAUCACAAGUGAACAUUUCCGAUUCCACUAUCAUCAAGCACGGUUACUCCACCGACUUGUACCAGUCUAGUUUCUACGGACUGAACGCAGCAAUUAAUGUGGCCAAUGCUUCGGUCGCCUAUUUGGACAACAUCAAUGUCACCGUUCACAACGGAGCGGCUGAUGUAUAUGUCUAUGGCAACAACUCAUACGCCUAUGUUUCGGACUCUUCCUUAUACAGCUCGGGCCCUGUCUCUCAUGGACUGUAUGCUGCUGGAUAUGGAACAGUUGUUGGCAAGAAUCUCCAACAUUACUCGGGAGCAUACCGAUCGUCGUCUUUCGCAUGUGACAGUCCUAAAGGAUAUGUCUAUGUAUAUGAUUCCAUCGCCCAUACUGCUGGUAUUGGGAGUGCCAUAUUUUACGGGCAAGGGACAAUUUACGCAGAGAAUGUGAUUGGACAUGCCCAAAAGGCUCCCAUUGCGUUUUUGGACGGCGCCCAGAUAGAUAUCCAUGACUCAGACCUGACUGCUGGUUUGCUUGCAGGUGCCGUCAUCUUCUCCUCGGGCACCCGUGAAUCUGGAUCUGAGAUCAACUUUACGAAUUCUCGACUAACAGUUCUGCCGGAUGAUGGGGCGGGCUUGUGGUUUGGAAAUGUUAUUGCCAGCGCGAGUCUCGUGCGCUCCCAAAUCAAUGUAACCUCGGGAAUUCUGGUCGCUGCCAACUACUCGCAAGUGACACAAGACUUCACAUAUUUUGCGGACUCCACCGCUCCUGCUGAGGCCACUGUCAGUGUCUCCGAAUCUCAUUUGAAGGGAGAUCUUGUCGCCUAUAAUGGAAGUACAAUCAGCUGGACUCUGGGCAACUACUCCUCGUGGACAGGCUCGGCAUACUCUGGAUAUGAGAAAGCGUACUUUUCUGUAUCCCUUGAUGCCACCUCUUCUUGGACUCUAACUCGGGACACUGUGUUGACAAAUUUCACUGAUGCGGAUACGACGUUCUCGAAUGUUUAUAGUAAAGGCUUCAAUAUCUACUACGACUCGACUGCUAAGGGGUCUCAGUGGUUGAAGGGAGCAACUAAGAAGAUGCAUGGUGGAGGAUUGCUGAAACCAGCGACCAAGAAGCAGUUGCAGCACCCCUAUUAG